AUGUACCAUUUUCCAGAUAUUUUUGUUUUCCUGUGCUUAUUCGCGAGUGGCUGCUUCUUCGGCUAUUACUGCAAGCAUGCCUACGUCUACGACAAUCUGUGGGUGCAUUGGCACGCCUUGCUAGGGGGCGUUGUAGCUGUGGCCUUGGCGGGCGGCUUAACUUUGCGCAAAUAUUUAAAACGCCAGCAGAGUUAUGAUCACUUCUAUGUGAUUUUCUACGGUCUGAUAUGCUACCUUAUCAGUUGUUGCUUCAUGCUGACGGGCAACUUAAAUAUUUGCUUUUACUUCGGCUUCAUCGGCAUUGGCACUACGCUCAUUCCCUGCUACAGCUACAUCAGUUUGCGCAGUUCGUCGCGUGGCCUGCGCCCGGCGCGCAUAGCAUUUGGGAAUGCACUGCACUUCGCCGGCUUCACGGUGGGCUUUAGCGUAUUCAACGAGUUCGAACCGAUCUAUUGCGGUUGGAUCUAUUUGGGCAUUUCGCUCUUCAUGCUCGCCGGUGUCGUGGUGAACGAGGUGCUCCAACAUUUGGGUGUGCACAAUUAUAAGGUAUCCUUCGAUCUGGCCUUCAAUCUGCUGAAUGAGGAGAAACUUGUGUUUCUGCCGAACAAAGCGAUCUAUGCGCUAUUUGUGGGUCGUGAUGACUACUAUGUGCAGCGCAAUCGUCAAUGGUGGGUUGUGGGCGUGGCUGCCGUGUUGAUGUUGGAGCGUGCGCUACUAUACUUAGCUUCGUACCUGCAGCUGGCUUGGAGCUCCACUUUUGCAUAUAUGGCAACGCAGUAUUUGUACGGUCCAUACGUGCUCUACACGUUCGGUUGUGCGUUGGGUAGCGCCUUGAUGGCACGUUACAAGCCGAAAUUGUUGUACCUAAUGUUUGGCGUUAUCAAAAUUACGGCGCUCUCUGCGUUGCUGGGUGUUUAUGACGAAAAUGCCACAGAGCAAUGUUUCUACUUUCUGUGCUUCUACUAUACCUGCAUCGGCGUGUAUUCUAGCGUGGUUUUCCAACUAGUGCUCGAAUGUACGCCUUUGCUCUACACCGAAUUGGCGCUCGCUGUAGCUUACGUUAUAGAACUGCUCGUCUUGGAAGUCUUAAAGUACGAAACGUUGGCAGAUGACAAUUGGCAAGAGUUGCUGGGAAUCGGUAUAUUCAAUAUACUAUUAACUGCAGCCUGCAUUGGACUUGUAUGUAUUUUUGUGCCGCGCUCACGUGGUCUCAUUGAAAUGCGUAAUAAACUGAUGGGUGUGAGACGGCGCCGACCUUCGACGCCACCACAAACCAAACUAUGGAAUACGAAUUAUUUUGUGUACCACGAUCUACAACCGGACGAUGUGCGUUGCGUGAAGUUGGAUGGCAAUCGUGUAUUUCAGCAGUACCCGAAAGAAUCAGAUGCGAGUGAGGAGCUGCCUAAGGUAGGUGAGCGGCUUGCAAGUAUUUGUUCAGGGAAGAAAAGUUUUUAUUGAGGAAAAUCCAGAAGGCCCU